GCUCCCGGCCGCGGGAGCGGGGUCUCUCCGGCUCCUCGCGAGUCCCCCCGGCUCGGUGGCGGUGGGGGGAGGUCUCGCCGCCGCCCCCCGGGGCGGUCCCGCCGCCGCCGGAGCCUCCCGCCGCCCCCGCUGCCGCCGGGCGGGGCCGGAGCGGGGCCGGGGCCGGAGCGGGAGCCCCGGGGCCGGGAGCGGGAGCGGGAGCGGGGCCGGAGCGGGAGCCCCGGGGCCGGGAGCGGGGCCGGGGCCGCUGCCCCGCCAUGUCCAAGCUGCUGCCGGCGCAGGAGGCGGCCCGGAUCUACCACACCAACUAUGUGCGGAAUGCGCGGGCCAUGGGGGUGCUCUGGGCCCUCUUCACGCUCUGCUUCUCCGUCCUGAUGGUGGUGACCUUCAUCCAGCCCUACUGGAUCGGCGACAGCAUCGACACGCCGCAGGCCGGCUACUUCGGCCUCUUCUCCUACUGCAUCGGCAACGCGCUCACCGGGGAGCUCAUCUGCAAGGGCAGCCCCCUGGACUUCGGCACCAUCCCCUCCAGUGCCUUCAAAACUGCCAUGUUCUUCGUGGGCGUCUCCACCUUCCUCAUCAUCGGCACCAUCCUCUGCUUCAGCCUCUUCUUCUUCUGCAACGCGGCCACCGUCUACAAAGUGUGUGCCUGGAUGCAGCUGGCAGCGGCUACAGGGCUGAUGAUUGGCUGCCUGAUCUACCCCGAUGGCUGGGACUCGAGCGAGGUGAAGAGAAUGUGUGGGGACAAAACCGACAAAUACACCCUGGGCGCCUGCACCGUGCGCUGGGCUUACAUCCUGUGCAUCAUCGGCAUCCUGGACGCCCUCAUCCUCUCCUUCCUGGCCUUCGUGCUGGGCAACCGGCAGGACAACCUCCUCCCCUCGGAUUUCAAAGUGGAGAGUAAAGAAGAGGGAAAUGACUGACAGAGCUGAGCACCGUGUGAUAACCCACACAGAUUUUUAAUAUUCCCAGCAUCCACAAUGUCACUGUUGUGAUCUGAUUACCAAAGCAUUGACAGCUGAUUUUGGUGCUGGAGUCACACUGGUUUUAUUCGUGGUUAAAGAAGAAAUUGUCUUUGCUUUGCCUCCCAAAACUGGGAAGGCACAAAGCCUUGCCAAGUGCAAAAUAAAAGAAGCAUAAAAUUUGAAGUCAUACUCCAUUUCCCAGCAGCUGCCUUACUCAUUCUGCUCCCAGGGACAUCCAGAGCUCUUCUUCCAUCAGCCCUUUUCUUUGAAAUGACUCUUCCAAGUUCUGUGGAUUUUCUACAGCUGUUUUCUUCACCCGUGGGGCUGCUCUUGGCUCGCAGCUCUUGUGGAGCUUACUUGGUGGAAAGAGCCCCAAAUGGACAUUAGAGUUUUUCUGAGUCCAUCAGCAAAAGGGACAAGAGGGCAAGGAUAGCAAUUUGCUGCUUUUGGGGGGUUUGUACACCUUCUUUCAAGGAAAUUACUUAUGAAUUAAAAAACAAAGAAAACACCACCAAAA